AUGAAUAGUAUCAUAGCAAUACUUCAAACUGCCAUCAGAAGGGUCAAUAUGACAUUGAAGAAUGUUGGGAAACAACCACCAGAAUCAAUUAUAGAUGAUGAUGAUACAGGUUCAGUUUCUUCAGAUGAUAUUAAGAAGGUCAGGACAGAUCUUGAUGAGUUUGAAAUAUCACCUACCAAAGCUGGUGUAUUCAGUAAUGCUCCAUCACCACCCCAUUUUUCUUUAAUAGAUUCUGAUAAUGAAUUUGAUGAAGGUGACAAAACAGAUGAAGAAAAUAAUGAGGAAAAUAGCAUGUUCUCUAAUGAUAUAAAUGAAGUAUCAUUUGGUAAACAAAGUAAAACAGAAUUUAAUGGAAACUAA